AUGACGGUUCGUCUAUCGCGGAUCCAACUCGCCGUGUUCUUCAUUUUGCUCUGUCCGGUCAAUAUCAUCGGGCUCUGGUGGGCGGUGGGCAGUCCGCUGGUGAUGGACCCCAACAGUAUCUGCAGGAAGGCGAAGCGUCUGGCAGGGAAGCAGGCAGAGCUGUGCCAGACUCAGCCAGAGAUUGUCAGUGAGGUGGCCAAAGGAGCCAGGCUGGGCGUCAGGGAGUGCCAGUACCAGUUCAGGUACCGCCGGUGGAACUGCACCAGCCACAACAAGUACUUUGGCAAAAUACUGCAGCAAGAUAUUCGGGAGACAGCAUUUGUUUAUGCCAUCACAGCAGCCGGGGUGACCCACGCUGUAACCCAGGCCUGCAGUAUGGGAGACCUCCUGCAGUGUGGCUGUGAGGCCACCAGGAACCGAGCACCUCCAAGGCCGUCUUCGUCCUCCUCUGGUGAUGGAGUUAAGUGGGAGUGGGGAGGCUGUGGAGAUGAUGUGGAGUUUGGUUAUGAAAAGUCACAACAGUUUAUGGAUGCCAAGAGGAGAAGAGGCAAAAGCGACAUCAGGACACUCAUUGACCUGCACAACAAUGAGGCUGGGCGGCUGGCAGUGAAGCUCUACAUGCGGACAGAGUGCAAAUGCCACGGACUAUCGGGCUCGUGCACCUUGCGCACGUGCUGGAAAAAGAUGCCUCAUUUCCGUGAGGUAGGCGACCGUCUGCUGGAGCGCUUCAACGGCGCUUCCAAGGUGAUGGGCGGCAACGACGGAAAGACCCUGAUCCCUGUCGGCCAGAACAUAAAGCCACCAGACAAGCAGGAUCUGAUCUACUCAGACGAGUCGCCCGAUUUCUGCCUUGCAAAUCGGAAAACAGGUUCACUGGGGACACGGGGCCGCAUGUGCAACAGCACAGCCAUGGACAUCAGCGGCUGUGAUCUGCUGUGCUGCGAGCGUGGCUACCGGGAGGAAACAGUGGUGUUUGAGGAGAACUGUCUGUGUCGUUUCCACUGGUGUUGUGUGGUCCAGUGCAAGAAGUGCUUGGUCCGAAAAGAGCUUAGUCUCUGUGACUGACAAACUGAUGAACUGAGGUUGAGAGUAGUCAAUAUGGCAUGGUUAAUUAUAAUUACUUCUGUUACUUUUUGAGGGGUUUGCUUUAGAUUGGCUAGUGUGAAAGAAGGAAAGGGUUUGGACUUUCUUGGUGAUCCUUUUGAUCCCGUUUUUGCACCAGCUACAAUCAGACAAUGCCCCCAGAGUUUCAUUUCAAAUCGUGUUUGACUUCCAGGAACACAUGAGGUGCUGGCCAAAGGUUCGUAAGUUGCAGAAAGUAAAUACAACCACAUGGAACUAAUUGAAAGAGGGACUACAAGAAGUAAAAUAAAGAUUUUUUUCUUUUCUCUACUACCUAUUUUUCAUUUCUUGUUUAUGAAAAAGGACCAAAGAAUGUGAAAAUUUGUGUUUUCCAUCUAAUUGAAAGAGGAGCACCUAUUCUUGGUGGACCU